AGCCCAGUGCGGCCGCCAACCGGCCUGCCAGACAGGGGGCUCUCUCUCCCGAGAGACCGGUCCCAAUAGGCCUUGCGGCCCAUGACUCAGAGCCCAGCUCUGUGACGUGCUACUCCGUCGCCCUGACAGAGGCCAGCGUGGCGCGUCGGCCUCACGCCGUGUCAGGAGAACGGGUGGGGGAGAGAGGAAGGCCGAAGGGGAGGCCAGGACUGGGCGAGGACUGAAGUAGGACCGACGGGGCAGGCGGUGAGGGGCGGAUCCGGAGGCCAACGGCAGCGGAGGCCAACUUCCAGCGGCGGAGGCGGCCCGGCCGGCUGACUAGGCCGCAGCGGCCAUGGCAGUGGAUUUCGGUGACCCCAAGAGCGGCUUUCGCCACAACGAGGUGGUGGGGUUCAUCAACGAAGAGGUGCUCAGUAAUGGCGGCGGCCCAGACUUCUACGUGACCUUCUGCUCGAGGCCCUGGAACGAGAUCGAAGACGAGCUGCUGUCCGUCGUGGCCGACCCGCAGGUGCCGCGCGCCGUCAAGAGGGCCUACUCCUGGAGCGCGCUGGCCUUGAGCGUGCGUGCGGCCGCGAGGCAGCAGGAGCAGCAGGGGCGCCGGAUCCAGCGGCUGCAGCAGCAGCUGGAGGAGCGCGAGACCACCACCUGGGCCCUGGCCUCCCAGCUGCAGCAGCUGCGCGAGGAGCGCGAGCAGGCGCUCUCGCAGCUGCGCGGCGCGCAGCACCACCUGCAGCAGGCGCUGGACGAGCAGGAGGCCCUGCGCGGGCAGCUGCUCCACACCCAGACGCGGCCCCCGCAGGUCUGGCCUCAAACACAGCAGCUCGCGACCGAGACCGAGGUGUGGCCCCUCAUCACGGAGGAGCGGAGCGACGUGCUGGGCGCAGCUCGGCUGCAGCGUGAGCGGGAUGCGGAGAUGCAGAGCGAGGCCCGGACGGCCUCGAUGACGGCGACCACGAUGCCCGGCGUGCUUCACGUGCCAAGACCGCCGUACCCCUGGGCCCAGGUUGUUCAACCCCCUGUGCCGAUGCCAUUCCCCAUGCCGUUCCCGGUGGCGUUCCCCCAUCCCCCACCUCCCCCACCCAGAGUCGUGGCAGAAGCAGUGUCGGGAGCGGAGUUCCCACCCCAGAGUUCUCCUGGGGGCGUCUGCCCCCCGGGCAUGUGGCCUGCAUUGGGGUCCCAGGAGGAGACGUCCCUGCUGUGGGACCAGAGGAGCCACGUCCAGGAGGAAGGUCCCGUGAGGUCCCACUUGGUAAACCCCUCAGGGGGCAACUGGAGCCGAGACGCGAUGAAGCAACCACCGCAGGGCCUGAUGCCCCAGCGAGAAGAUGCUCCAGGAACCUUCCGUGAAGUCGAAGAAACUCCAGCUCCCAGCGUGUGAAUGAACCCUCCUGAAAUACCCGCUGGCUCCCAGCAGGCCUCACCUCAGUGAGACCUCAACUGCCUGGAGCUAGUAGAGUGUGAAGAAAUCAGGGAAAAGGCGACAUUCUGGCACACAUCUUGGAACAAGGGAAAGCAGACAGAUUUUGUUAGCAUUGGAGGCUUCUGUUGCAAAAAAGGGUGCGGCAGCAGAUUUCAAAGGGUCAGUGGGAGGAUAGUAUUAAAUUUUAUAGGUUAUAGUGAGUUUGUUGAAUUUCAUUCAUUAAUUCAUUGAACAAACAGUUCUUAAUUGGUCAGUAUCUGUUAGUAAGUACAAUUAUAUGUUAGGUGUCUGGUGCAUGCACUAUAAACCAACGGAACGACUUUGGUUAGAUGACAGAAGAGCCUAAUCUGAGAGCCCGUAUACACCGGCGGGGGGCGGGGGGGUCUUUGCCCCGCACGUAGUACGGCUUUGGCGCGGCCCCAGUGGAAAUAACAUCAAGAUCCAUUUCGAUGAUUCUGGAGGCGUCAUCAGAGACACUUCCGUGGCAGGGCUGGAAUGACUGUGCCGCCCAGUGCAUCAAUCCCAACGGAGAUGGAUAGGCGGUGGCGAAGAUGGCGAAAUUAGCCUCACAAAAGUCAAGGCGGGACUUUUCUGACAGUCCAGCUGAUUCCCUCCCUUGAGAAGCACCGUUAUUUUCCUGGUUGUCUGAAAGGGCUGCAUACUUGAGCCCUCAGCCUCGGGCCUCCCUAUCCCAAGCCUCUUUCCAGUCAAGAGUGGAUGAAGAACAAAAUGGAUUCCGAGGGCAGACAUCGUGCCAUGGACGGUGCCUCUCUCGGGAAGGCUAACUGGAUUAAAAAAGAACUGCACCAACAUUUUUGGGAACGCCCCCGGGCCCCUUCUCUUCCAUUGGCUGUCCGCUCCCCUGAGGUGGGGGGAGCCCCGGGGGUGGGAAGUUCGACGGUCUCCAGUCUGAACAAAAGGUGUUCUUGAGUUCCCCCGGGAAAUCCCGGCCCACCAAGCUCAAACUCUUGUCUGAGGUUUCUGAUCGUAACAAUAAAAAGCGUGCACCGGC